AUGCCAAACUGCCCAACGAUAUCAGUUCGGAUGAGCCCAGCUGCCGAAGCCCGUGCUCAUUCGGCUUCCAUCUGGGAGCUCAGAGCACCUUCUCGUGCCGCCAGCCAGCGGGCAGACGGCCCCGCAGGGCUCCGCAGCACGCCUGUCAGCCCGCAGGCGACGCGGGGAGCGAUCUCAGACCCUCCUCACCGCGAUACGCGACUCCCGCCGCCAAACGCUCGGGCAGAGCGCGGCCCGCCCGGCCGGGGCGGCCUGCAGGCAGCAGCCGGUGCCCUGCCCCCGUCCCGUACCGCUUACGGACGAAUCACACCUGCUGCUCUGCGGCUGGGCAGCGACAGGACGCUGGAACCAGGUAUCUCCACGAACCCUUCCAACCCGAGCCGCCCCGAUUGCUGCCCAGCACCCGACGUGUCCGCACAGCUCCCAACGCUGCCCCCUGCCUACGCCCCAGCCCCACUCAGGGCCGGCCCUCGCUCGUCCCUCAGCCCCCGGCACCCACAGCAUCUCCUCGCCAGCAGCUCCCUGCCUCGGCUAGCGGAACGCGGCGGUAACGUACAACACGGCAAAGCACAAGGAGAACAGACGGGAGAGGGAAAGCCACGCCAUCAGCAGCACCAGCCCGCGCCCCGCGCCCUCGGCCCCCCCCAGCCCGGCCGGGGGCUGCCCCUGGGCAGCGCCGCGCGUUCCUUCCGCCCGCAGGCAUGGUCGGCCGGGCUGAGGCCGGUGGCGUCGCGCCCCCCGCCGAGACCCGCCCCCCACGCUGCCGCGGGCCAGCCGGCUCCCGGCCUCCCAGCGGUAGCAGCCCCCGGCGGCAGCGGCCCCCUGAGGUCCGGAACGCAGUACCCCGCUCCUGCGCCUGGCUGACCGGCUCCGGGCGGCGGUGACAGGGCAGAGAAAGUCCCGCGGUGCGGAGGGGCGGAACGACGGAGAGCGAAGGCGGCCGUGUGGGGACAAAGUCUGCCCUCGCAGCCCUCUUAUCCACCCGCCCGAGCUAUUUGUGGCAGGGGCCGGGCGCUCACGUGAAGGCGCGGCGCUCAGGCGGCACGAGGGGGGCGAGUGACCGGAGCCCUCCCGCCCCGCUCGGCGGGACCCGGCCCGCGGUACCCGCACGGGGGCUGCCCUCGCCUCGUCCUUCGUUAGUGCGGCCCCCAGAGCUCUUUCUCGCCUAAUAAAGCCCAAACGGGUCUUAGCCUGCCGUGGGGAUAGAACCGCUUUGGGACUGUUCCCCGUGUCCUGAGGGCCUUGGCAGUGCCUCGGGGGAACGUGAGUAGGGCCCGAGGACGUGGUGAUGAGGAGCUUCGUUCUGUUCUGGAAGUAAAGGCAACAUCUACAGUGUAAAAUCGCGAAUCUUGACUAAAAAAGACAGCAUGACCUUAAACAAA